AUGGAGCAACAGACGCUUAAACGCCUUACCCAAGCACGUGGUCGGCUAAAGGCUACCAUAACUCGCUUGGUCAAUUACAUUGAGAAUCCACCUCCACAGAGCACUUACUCCGGAGUCGAUGCCAUGCUGGCACGGCUAAAUCAAGCCUUCAAAAGCCUUGAGGAGAUCACUGACGAAAUGCACGUGUACGAUAACGUUGAAGGUUUCGAGGAUCCUACCGAAGAUUUCCAAUUGUAUGAGGAGAAGUACCUGCGCGCGCUUACCUUAUUCGCGUCGUUGAAGAGCGAACUUCAGCCAAGCGCCAUACCUCAAGCGGAUCACAACAUGGCCACAUUGCUGCAACAGCAAAGUGAGUUCUUGCAGCGACUUGCUGAGAACGGAGCAUCUACCUUGGCCACGCCGCCGCCUGCUGCAGUUUGUUUAAAUGAAAACCCGUUGCCGAAAAUCCACAUCAAACCCUUUGGUGGAGACUACAAGGAAUGGCCAGCCUUCAAGGACAUUUACGAGAGCACCGUCCACAAUAAGACCCACCUGGGAAAGAUUCAGAAGUUUCACUACCUUAAGUCUUUCAUAGUUGGUGAAGCGGCCAAUCUUCUCAGUCACAUGUCCAUUACGGAAUCAGCUUAUGAUUCAGCAUGGGAACGCCUCAAUGAUCGCUAUGAUCGCCCAAGACAUAUCGUGAACUCCUUACUGGACACUUUCAUGGCACUGGCUGCUGCCCCCACCGGCGAGGUGUCUAAUCUACGCAAACUUACUGAUGGCGCCAAUGAAAUCAUUCGUGGGCUAGAUGCAGUUGGGGAGACAAGCCGUGAUUGCUGGGUGAUUCAUCUUGUACUAGCUAAAAUUGAUCCCGACUCUAGAAGGAAGUGGAUAGAGGACACCAGAGGCUCUGCGACACCAACCGUUGCAGACUUGUUUAGAUUCCUUGAUGACCGUUGCGAGGAUUUUGAAUUAAGCCAAGCUACAUCGGCAAUUAAACUCGAUACUGGCAGCCACACGGACAAGCCUGCCAAAGCGAAGCGCGCACUUAUUGCAGUGAACCGUGGCAAUUGUAGUAAGUGUGGCUCUGCUGACCAUCAGCUGUAUAGAUGCUCUCAAUUUCAAAAUCUGAACACCGAACAUCGGCGCUCCUUUGUGAAAGGAAAGUCGCUUUGCUUCAAUUGUCUACGCCCUGGCCACCGAUCUGCACAAUGUCAAUCGAAACAUUCGUGCAAGCACUGCAAUGGCCGUCAUCAUUCUCUUGUACAUCCUGAAAACAUGGAUUCCAUGACAGUUCCUCCUGCGGACACUGUACAGGCCAGUCCUCAAACUUCUGGAUGUAGCUCAACUUUGGUCGCCCAGACGCAAAACAGCACCUCAUUAACACAGUCAUCGGGACUCAAAAGAAGCACAUUGCCCACAGCUUUGGUGUAUGUCCAAAACUCAAAGGGACUUACACAAUUUGUCGUGUGCUUUUGGAUAGCGGCUCUGAGCUAUCCUACGUUUCUGAACGAUGCAUCAACGCACUUGGGCUCGCUCGUUCACCCUCAAGAAUUCUAG